AAACGAAAGAAACUCGUCGUUGACCGUGUUGGUGCACGAGAACAGUCGCACCAGCAUAGAAUUUGUUGACCGCGUGCUGAUCCUGAUAAAGGUUCGUGACGCGAUUUUUAAUCGUAAUUUAUAAUAAUAAUAGUAAAAAAUUCGUGCCUUUCAAUAAUCGUCUCGUUUUUUUUUUUUUUUUCAUUCACAGCAUCGAGUUUCGGUGGACAAAGUGAUAUUUUGCACCAAGAGACACGCCGAGGGGAACCGGUUGAAGCACAGCCAAAUUCGGGUACGUCUAUUCGCCGUUUUGUCAUAAUAACAAUACGAGAGUAAUAUUGGUUUGUGUAUCGUGCACGAACCGUUUUCGGAUUUACGGUUCGUUCUUAGCUGUCAUUAUUAUUUCAAUGUUUGUUUUGCAGUGCUACGCCGUCAGUUCGUAUGCCGGUCUCAUGGAGUACUUCGAAGACAGUCAAAUCCCGUCGAUUUGCGGUGGCCCGUAUACCCACGGCCAACACGAAUGGAUCGAUUUCUACAAGGUCCGUUGA